AUGUCUGCACCAGCUGAAACUCAUAACAUACCAGUGUUAAUAAGCCAAUAUGUUGCUGCUGUUGGUAACAACAAUGACGAUGUGUCACAAAAUUACGUUUCAGAAAUUGUUGACCUAUUUACCGCUAAUCAACUCACAUUACUUCAAUUUGUUCAACAUCUAGGACCUACUUUGACUUCAGAUAAUGAGGUAAUGAGAAGUCGUGGAAUGCAAUUCUUGAGCUCAGUAUUGGGCAGAUUGCCUGUGGGGCACCUUUCAAGACAAGAUGUGGGAGUAAUGAUUGAUUUUCUAAUGAAUAAAUUUGAUGAUAAAUUGAGUUUAAUCCAUGCAUUAAAUGGGAUAAACACCUUGAUUAAUUGCAAACAUUAUGCUGCCAGUUUUAAUACUGAAAAAUUAUUAAACAAGCUUCUAAAUGGAUACGAACCAAGAAAGAAUUUGGCUAAAGUUCGAUAUGAAGCAUUUCAAAUUAUGAACAGCUUAUUCGACAACAACAAGACAUUUACUACCACCUCUGUGGCUGAUUUAUACGUCAAGACAUUUAUUCAUAUUGCAUCAGGAGAAAAAGAUCCUCGAAAUUUGUUACAAUCGUUCAAAUUAAACAAGUGUAUCAAUGAAGAGUUUGAAUUUAAUGAUUCUGAGUUACAUAAGGAGUUUAUUGCCGAUUUAUUUGAUGUUUGCUUUUGUUACUUCCCCAUUUCAUUCACUCCACCUGCGAAUGAUCCGUACAAGAUAACUGCAGAAGAGCUAAAAUUGCAAUUGAGACAAGUUAUUGCAUCACAAUCUAGAUUUGCCUCUGAAUCGAUACCAAGCUUAGUGGAGAAACUAGCAUCUACCAACCCAGUCAUACGCAAUGAUACAUUAAAGACAAUUGCAUUAUGUGUGGGGAGUUACACAGUUGAUACAAUCACGGCGCAUUGGCUUUCUUUAUGGAAUGCAUUAAAGUUUGAAAUUUUGCAUAAUGAUUGUGCACAAUUUGAGCCAACUAUGGAAAGCAUAAUACCUGCAGAUUAUACAUCAAUUGAUGAUAAUGAUGAAGUUAAAGUAUUGUUCUCGACAUUGAUCAUAUUGGAAACAAUGGUGAAGAAGGUGCUGCAGCCAGAAACUAUGUUGCAAACCGUGGUUGAUGAAUUAGGACCAAAUUUGCAAAAGGAUAAAGCCAAACCAUCCGUAAUAAUCUUAGCAUCCUUGGCAAGCACCUCCACAGAAAAUUACAACUUUGUCAUCGAUUACAUGUUUGUAUCCAGUGUAUGGGGGAAACACUUUAAUGUGGAAGGUGAUGACAAAGCAGAGGAGGAUUCGGAUACUGAUAUGGACAAAAAUGACGAUAUCACAUUAAAUAUUGCAAAGCAACGUGAUUUAGUUGACAAUUUAGGUUUCAUCUUGAUUGCUCAUCCACCGAAUCAAACCGAUUUGAUAAAUUACAAAGAUCAUUUACUUAUUUUCUUGUGUCAAAUAUUAUCAAACUCAUCCAACUUGGAAAAGACGUUGAGGUGCAAAGUUGUUCAACAAUUGAGCAAGUUGAUGACAUUGUCUAGCUUUUUGACGCCUACUAAUGUGCAAUUGAUUUUACAAAUUUUCAAAACCGUAAUUGAGGAAAACAUAGCCACUGGUAAAAAGGAUAUUAUUGUUGAUGAAAUUGUCACUAAUUUGUCGUCCAUCAUGGAAAAAGAGCCGUUGUUUACUUCGACCAUCAUUGACGAAAUCAUAAACCCGAUCGUGACGAAAGAGGACCCUGAAACCAAUUUCAAGUAUGUGCUUGAUAUCAUUCGACAAUUGACAAUAAACCAUCAAAUUUUAGAAGUUGUAUCGAUUAGAAUCAUGAAUAAGGAUAAUUUCACUGUGGACUCGUUACAAGUUGUUGUUGAAUUUUUCAUAUCCUUGUUUAAUAAAGUUGAAACUAUUCAACCGUUUUUAACUAAUUCAUGGUAUAAGAAGUUCAUCCCUAACUUGAUGAAUUUGUUAUUCAGAUUAGUUCCUGAAGAAAGUAGUCCCAGCGCUUUGGCAUUAUUGGAAGUUAGUGGAGAUUUAAUCCGUGUCAUUAUUCGAUUCAUCGAUGCGAAUAAACACCAAUCUAUAUUGGAUGAAGUAUAUCAAAUAUUCUGCACUGAUGUGGAAUCGAAGUUCGUAUUUCAAUAUCUGGGUAACUUGUUAUUUCAUCCAAGUGCUUACAUGACUAUUUACAACAAGAUCAUCUCAGCAAUUGACAAAUCAUGCAAAUUGGAAGACGUCAAUGAGUCAGUGUCUGCAGUAGCCACAAUCUUGUCCAAUCUCAAAGAUAAGUAUCUGCGAGUUCAAUAUUUACAACAUCUUUGUCUUCUUGUCAACAAGUUUGGUCCAGUGGAUUUCUCACCCGAAUUGACUUUCACAAAUUUGAAUCAAUUUGAAAUAUAUGUAUGGACAUUGAAAGCCAACUUGUUAAAGAUUGAGCCCAGUGGAAUAAAAUCAUUGAUUGCAUUACUCGAGAAGUUUCAAUCUCCAACUACUUCGUUACCUCAUAAACAAUUGAUAAUAAGUGCGUUGCCGUUACUUGUAAUUGACUUGAAAUUGUUUAUAAACACUCCAGCUGCAUUAUCAUCGAGGAAAAUUAUAUCCAAUGUGAACAAUCUUAAUGUGAAAUUAUUGUAUAAACAACAAGUGUUUGAGCGGAUGUUGCCUUAUUUGCUCAAGGGAGAGGAGCGUGAUGGUGAUGAUUCAAUGUUGAAUAUCCAAGCAUUAGCAUUGAUCUUGCCUCAUAUUCCUCAGAAAAUCUUGGUGCCACAUUUGCCUACAUUUAUGCCAUUCAUCAUCACCGCAUUAACCACAACUACCAACUCAAAUGAAUCAAAAACGAAUACACAAUUGAUUUAUAAAUCAGGGUUGAAUAUAUUGGAAAUCAUCUUGGAAGAAAAUGCCACAAUUAUUCAACUGAAAUUAUCAACAAUUGUACCUAACUUAAUCAAACUAGCUACAGGCACCAGUAUUGGUGACAGUGAAGUUCGAAAGCAGGCUUUGGUCAAUUUGAUUCUUGUGUUUACUAAAUUCGAUCAAGAUGUAGCUGAAAAGUACAAGAAGUCCGUGUUGAAACAAUUGGAGUUGUGUUUGGAUGAUAAGAGACGAAAUGUAAGGAAAUUAGCUAUUGAUUUAAGACAAAUCCUAUACGAAAUGAGAUAG